ACAAUCAAUUAUUGAACUCUGAGUGAAACAUGUUCCAAUCGAAGGGGAUCUAUGCGGUGUGGGAAGUGCGAUUCCUGGUGGCCAGCCUGGCGAUCCUACUGCUCCUGAAUCCCGUCGAUGCUCGAUGGACCCGAAGACCGAGGCGCACCACCACACCAAGGAGUUCAACCAGUAGGACCACCCUGAAUCCGGAUCGCCACCAGCACCUGCACCACUGGCCACCACUAGUGGCACCACCGGCACAGCCCCAACCACAGCCCCAAGUGGUUGUGGUACAGAAACCCACUCAAACAGAGAGCAGUCCCCGGCUGAUUGACAGCUUCGAUCAGAGAUCAGUGGAUGGGCAGUACGAGUUCAGAUAUCAGCUGGACAACGGCAACACCCGCUAUGAACGCGCCUACUGGCUGCCCGUUGGCAAGGAUCUGGUUCUGGCCAAGAAGGGUUACUACUCGGUGCCCCUGCCCAAUGACAAAUACUCGACCGUAUUCUAUACGGCCGAUCAUCGUGGCUACCAUGUGGACAUGCAGACAUUAUCCGGAGAACAGCCGCUGUUACCGCGCAGCCUUGAAGUGCCCGAGAUGGAGAGGCAAAUGGAACCGGGAUCAGGAAAGGGAACAGGAUCUGAAAUGGGUACGGGUGCGGGGACUAAGCGAAAUUCAAUAAGCGACCCAGAGCGUAACGAGCUGGAUAUGGAAGUGGAUGAGGAUGUGGACGCAAGUGGAGCUGGCACCGAGCUGGUUCCUAAUGCUGUAAACCAAGUCGAAACCGAAACCGAACCAUCAACUUUGGCCAACGACAUUUUGGCAACUGAAGCACCAGCCGACAUCCACGACGACGAUGAUGAUGACGACGAUGUUGAUGUUGAUGAUGAUGAUGAUGAAGGCGCCUCAAACUGAAAGCCCGAACAUUAGGGGACAUUUGGGCAUAUAGAGGAUGGGGAUUGGGACUGGCAGGGUGACAGGGGGACAGGGACACACACUUGGCUGGGUCGCAACUCGCUCUACUUGCUGCAAAUCAAAUUGAAAACAAUUGUUGCAGUCACCAGUCCGACACAGUUGAGUUGGCCAGUAGUCACUGUAUCCCAACGAGGAGGGGCAGCAGGAGCAGUCAUCUCGACACCACUUAACUCCAUCUUCAUCUUCAUCUUCAUCUUGGACUUCAUGGGAAGUGUGUCUCAAUUGCUCGCUUGACAUCUCCUUCUGGGUCCCUUUCUCGGUUUUCUGUGUGCAUCUCUAUAUAUGAUAGAUUUUUUUUUCGCAAUAUUCAAUAAAAACAAGUAUACGUAGUAUAAAAACUUCAA